AAUCUUUAACGCAAAAGUGGUCAUAAUCUCCUGGAGAAGAAGAAGAAGACAAGUUCAGGAAAAUGUUUGUUCUUUCUACAAAUGGAUUUGAAUGAAAAGCCAAGGCAUCUUCAAAGACAAUGGUUGAUGCAUCAAUCAAUAUCUUCUCUGGUGAUCAACAUAAUGCGUAUUGUUUCAGUGUUAACUUUCUUCAGUAGUUAAGUUCAACGAAAGAAGCACUUAAUUUUAAGCUUCCAUGAAGUUCAGCUGCUGCCUUUUGACUCUGGUUCUUAAUAUUAGUGUUUUUGCUCAAGAAAAUGUUGCUUCCAACCUGACAUUUACAGUGGGAUCAAGGUCCCUGCCUCUCAACAUAUCACUUCUCCCUAUCUUUCAAGCCUUGACAAAAUCUCCUGUUCCUCAGGAUAUCAUAGCAAAAGAAGGUAACUGUGCUUUCAUUGAAUGUAAUUUGAACAUUAGCCAGCAGGACACCAUACUGUGGUACAACUCAAAAGGGCAUCUUCUGGAGCAAGGUGGAAGAGAUGGAAGGCUGGUGAUCUCUGACAAUAUCCUUAAUAUCACAAGUGUAAUCUUUGGUGAUCGGGGACGAUAUACUUGCAUUGUCACAAAUGAAAAUGGCACUUCUUAUUAUUCAGUCACUCUCAGAGUUGUCUCCACAUCUGGAGACAUGGGCAUUUAUUACAUGAUUGUCUGCCUAGUUGCUUUUACUAUCAUCCUAAUCCUGAAUAUUACACGUCUGUGCAUGAUGAGCAGCCAUCUUCGUAAGACAGAGAAAGCCAUCAAUGAGUUCUUCAGGACUGAAGGGGCUGAGAAGCUACAGAAGGCGUUUGAAAUAGCCAAACGCAUUCCUAUUAUUACCUCUGCUAAAACUCUAGAGCUGGCCAAAGUCACCCAGUUUAAAACUAUGGAAUUUGCCCGGUACAUUGAAGAACUUGCCAGGAGUAUCCCUCUACCACCUCUAAUCCUUAACUGCAGGGCCUUUAUGGAAGAAAUAUUUGAAGCAGUCCAUGUUGACGACCCUGAUGAAGUUGGAGUUAAACAGACCCAGGCACUUGGUGCCCAAGGGGGACUCUAUCCCUUAAACCCAGAAAUAAAGCGCAGUAAUUCACCAGCAGGAGAUUCAGAUGAUGGUUCUGUGAAUGACCAUGGCAAAGAAAUAGCUGUGGAGGUAUCAGUCCAUCUUCAGUCAGAAGCACAAAGCAUUGAUACUGUUUCUCACGAUAGUGUCCCCUCCCUACCAUCAGAGGAUGGUCCUUGUGCUGAAUCCAAGUAGAAUAGCAAAGCUAGUUGAAUGAGAUUCCUCCUGAUUUUUGAGAAUGCUUUCAAAGAGAAAAGGGAAAAUGCAACCACAGUCACAAAUGCAUGAUCCCUGUUUGUUUUUUGUUUUAAAUUUUGUUAGAUAAUUUGAAAAUCAGCUUAGAUGAAGUUAUUUUAAAAUUCUUAUUAGGAGGAAUGUUAUAACUAGUCCUAGAAGUAUUUUGCAACAGAAAUCUUUUCUACCAAUUGUUGAUCAUUUCCAGUUAUAGUAUUGAGUGGACAAACUUUUGAUGGCUGGUGUAGUACAGUUUUUAUUUUUGUGAGAGAAAGAUUGCAGCAAAUGGGGCACUGGUAUCUUUCAUAUCAUGAAAAUAAGCAGAGACUUUAUUACAUUUUUUCCCAAUUUUCAGUGUGCUAAGCCUAAAAAAGUUUCAGUGCACCUUACUUCUUUUGCUUGCCAUUAGAAACUGUAAAAUUAAGGCUGGUGGGUUGUCUGUUCUUGAGUUAUAGCAAAAUAAUGCAUUGAUGUGAAUUGUUUUUGUCAUGUCAACCCAGAAACUUAAAUUCUUGUAUGUGCUCAGUUAUUUUAUUGAUGGCACUAUUCACAAAUGUACAAGAAAUUGUAAUGUGGAAGAUAUUUUAUUUAAAAAACCCUAUAAUGAGACUAUGUGAUUGUUGCAGUUGAAAACUAUGUGAGAAACCUAUGAAAUACCCAGAGAUUCAAAAGUCCGUAUUUGUGUUCUUAUGCAGUAUUUGCAUUAGAAAAUAGGAACCCAGGUACAGCUUUUGCAUUGCAGCCAAGGACAGACUACUUAAACUUUCUGCCAAUUGCCAAGCAUUUUAAUAAAUGAUGCUUGUUUUCUUAGUGUUGUUCAUAAUGUCAUCUUUUGAAAUAUUCUUUCAUUUCUGGUAUUGCAGUGAUGAAAUGACAGAGUCAUCAGGUUCUCAGUGUUGCUAUGAUAGAAAUGACAGCUUCAGUACUAGUGACUAUUUUGAAGUGUCUGCAGUAACCUCAUUUAUAACGUCAGUCUUUUUUUCUCAGGUAAUAUGUUCUUAAUUAUUAUCAUUAAUGUUAAGUGGCCAAUGUUGAGGGCAAUGUCAUUUGAUAGCAGUUAUAAGUGUUUAAUGAAAAGCACCCAGGGGAAACUGUCAACUUGAGUAGAUGGUAAUUUGGGACAAAAAGAUGCACAGUUAGAAAAGUAGGUUGAGAAUUGCUAUCUGUAUGUAACAUCUGACCUGGCCCUUGUGAAAAAUGUGAUAAAUCCUCAAAGGGCAACAUGAUACCACAAUGAGCAACUUUUCUCUAAUACUGAUGUUUGGCUGAAGCCGCGUGUUCAACAGUGGUGUAAUUAAUUGCCUACUGCUUCAGACUACACAUGUGGAAUAAUACAGUUAAAUCUCGCCUUAAAAAAAACAGGCACCCACCUUGUGAAUUCAAAAUUAAACUGUGAGGGUCUAGUUUGGUCAGUUGUUGACUGUUGUUCCCCCCACAAACCGUUGCAUGAAUCUUUUAACCUUUCCAGAAAAGCUUAUUACGUAUCUGAAGUAGUGCAAUUCAUUUUAUCAUCACCUCCUACUGUAUGCAGGUCUGUCUGUAUGCUAUGAGGUCACAUUUACUAAUGAAAUAAGAUUGUUACUUUCUCUUGCAGCCAUCUGAAUUGGCCCAGUUCAUAUAAAGUAAUGUUGGGGGGCGGGGUGAGCUCUAAAACAUCUGUUUAGUUUCCUUCCUUCCUUCUUGGAAAAAAAAUGUGACAAGCCAAACAUAUAGGUGACCCAUAAUCCAGAAAGUUAAGAUAGUGUAAGUCUAAAUUUGUGAUAGAUGUGAAAUCCCUCUUGCUCUAGCAAAUGUUGAAGAAACGUGAUUUUUAAAGGAAUCUAUCAUUAAGUUUAUAGCAGAAGUGGUUGGCAAGCUGUAAUAGUAAUGACACCUAGGAAAUUGGAGUUGUUGGCAGUAACACUCAUCUGUUUAAUAGAUUGUUUAAGAAAACAAUAUUCAUCUCACAAUAUUUAGCUUAAUUUUCUUAAUGUUUGUUUCUGUUUCUGAAGCAAAACAGAUUGUGCAGGCAUUAGCUUGGCAGGGGGAUGUAUUUGUAAAUGCAGGAUGAUAUUUCUAUGUAUCCUUCUGUAAAUCAUUUUUACAUAUAACCUAGAAAAGCAGAGGACCCUGAUUUGCAUCACUUUGUUUAGUGAAACAAAGGCAAGACAGAGACAAACGAUCAAUUUAGAUGGAUUAGGUGUAAAAAUCGUGCAUGGUGAAUAUUGUGGAGUGUGGAUAGUUUUUUUUUAAACAGAGAUCUUUAUCAAAUAUUGCUGUAGUGUUAUGAACAUAUUUGGAUAAAAUAUUGCUUGUGGUGUGUACUUGUUUGAAAAAUUGAUGUAAGCUUAUGAAAAAAUGAUGUAAGACUUCUCAAAUGGCCAAGAGAUUUUCAUCUCUGUGAAUAAUCAAGAGAUUAUGGCAAGAGCCCAGCCAUAAAGCUAUUAUUAUGGAACAUCCAUUGGAAGUUCAAUUCUGCCUGUGCACAAUUGGGGGCGGGGAGGGGAGGGUAUGAACUAAUUUAUGUUAUCAGACAUGAGGUGGUCUUCUUGUUUCUUCAGCUCUAGUGUUUUGUAAAAGAUAUUAGAAAACCUACUCUGCUCACCAAAAUAUGGUUUCAGCAUCACAUUUGUAGUUUGGGAGUUGUCACAUCAGUUUCUGUAACAGAAUAAGAUUUCAUACUUUUAUAUAAAAGUAAUAUGGUGCUUUUUUCCAAUAUAAUAAAAUCUACUAUUAAAUGCCUGAAUUGUGUUUCUGGUUUUACA